UUCCACCAGACGGACAUUUCUCACUCGUUAGUACGCGACUAACAAAUAGAAACAAUGGAAAAUUCCGUGAUCCUCGGGGCAUUUGAUAAGCUUGUUCAAGAUAGUAUCGUGUUCUAUGAUGAAGACCAGAAAAUCGUUCAACACAACGAAGGCAAGCUUACGUUUUCCUUCGUAUUGACCAGGGCGCUUCUGAAGAAGCCUACUUUUGAAAACAAGACGGAGCAGAGCGACCAGUCAAAAAAUGAAAUGCAGUUACGACCUGGCAGCGACAUAAACACCAAUGGCUUUGAGAUUGGCAAUGUUGGCGAGAGUCACGUCAUAGUUGUCAACAAGUUCGCCUUUGCGCGACCUCAUCUCAUGCUGGUUUCGUCAGAUGGAUAUCGCCGGCAGUUUGAGCCUCUCGAUUUGAUCGAUCUUGAAGCAGUUUGGAGCAGUGUCAUGUCCAUGAGCAACGACUACAUUGCCUUCUAUAACUGCGGUCGAGAUAGCGGUUGCAGCCGCUUGCAUAAGCACAUACAACUUAUGCCUAUGCCGACCAUGAGCUUUGCUUCGUUCCUCGAUAUCGAAGGCGGCAAAGAAACGGAAGUGCCAUAUAUAUGGGCCUAUAAACGUUUUGCGUCCGGAGCAAUCACAGCUACCAACUUGGUUGAAAUCUACAACCUCUUAUUAAAGGAAGCAACACAUGUCUAUACUAAAGCCACAGGAAAAGAAAGCAGUAUCCAAGCUGGUGUAGCAAUUCCCCACAACAUGAUUCUCUCCAAGCGGUGGAUGGUGGUGCUGCCGCGAAGACAGGCUGCUAUCAACAAAGAAGCCGGCGCGAACGCGUUGGGGAUGCUGGGUGUGAUUGCUGUUGCGACGCAGAACGAAAUAGACAACUGGGUACAAUCUGGACUUAUUGAAUCUCUAAAGGCGCUAGGCGUUCCUCGCUUUUGAGGUAUGCAAUACUACAUUUGUUCCCUGCAGUUCGCUUGACAGGCAAAAUAUUGCGACUAGAUGGAGUUCUCUAGUUUUUUCUUGUUAAUUAGAUUGUAUGUUGUAGAGUAAAUGUCAUGUUAUUCCGACCUGUAUAGGAUCUAGGUGAUAAAAAACAUAUAAGGUAGUAUAUUACAGCUACAGUAGUCACAAUCCAUCUACGGAGCCAUCCUUCGCAGGCACCACUUCGCACUAAGUUGGUACAUCUCGUACCUUGACUUGCUAAGCUACUCGCUGUUAAAGCGCUGUCUUUUGACCCUUAAACCCUGUAUUCAGAAAUUCAGUGCUAUUGGUUGACUUCGGACUAGAAAUCUAGUUCGACAACAUCGUACAGGCAGCAAUUUUUCCGUGCCACAGGGGACCGUUGACGCCACUGGGUGCCAAAGUCCCAGCCAAGGCACUCGUCCAAUUCACCGCCUCGAUCCAUGGUCCACUGAUAUUGUUGAAGCGGUCGCUCCGUGUCCCGCUUGCGUGUGUUGCUAGCCUCC